CUUACAAUAAUUUAUUUUUGUCAUUCAUUUCCACUCUCGAUCCUCGCUUUCUUUUGCAUUUAUUUUCUACACCGAAACUCGACAACGCAACAAUCCAAACACGCCUCCAUAGUUGGGAAAUUUCUACUACUAAAAUAUGCGAUACAAAACAAAACGUCUGUAGAUGCGAUAUUCCAGUGUGCGAGAGUGUCACUGGAAGUUCUGGAUAGGAAGAGGGUGAUGAAUGCGUUUAAUGUGAAAAUUUUAUUUUAGUUUUAAGAAAAACCUAACUAUUGCCUGAAGCAUGAAGAAAAUGAAAUUAAAAGGAAAAUGAUAAUUAAUUUCUUAAGAGAAGGGACACGUCCUCGAAAGCCACGUCAUCUGUAACACCGAAUUUCUUUUCAGUCUGGUAGGUAACGAGACUUUUCAAUUAUCAGAUGAAGGGAAGGGAAGAGAAGAGGAAUGUGAAGAGUGACGAAGAUGGCGGAAGAAAAAGAAUCAACGUCAAUUCCUCUCAGUCAAGGGGAUAAUGCAUCUCGCGAUGAUCCCGAAGACCCAGCCAAGUCUCCACCAAGCUCCCCCAACUCCUCCACUCGCAGGGCUUGCUGCUUUGUUCUCCAGAGUUGGGUCUCAAAGAAAUUUAUGACUGGAUGUGUAGUUCUUUUUCCAGUUGCUGUUACCUUCUUUGUUACAUGGUGGUUUAUUCAGUUUAUUGAUGGUUUCUUUAGUCCAAUAUACUCCAGGCUUGGCAUUGAUAUAUUUGGACUUGGUUUCAUUACAUCAUUAGCUUUUGUAUUUCUUAUUGGUGUUUUUGUUUCAUCAUGGAUGGGAGCUACUGUUUUCUGGAUUGGAGAAUGGUUCAUUAAGCGAAUGCCCCUUGUUAGGCAUAUAUACUCUGCAUCCAAGCAGAUUAGCGCUGCAAUAUCUCCAGAUCAAAAUACCACUGCCUUUAAAGAGGUAGCCAUUAUCCGUCAUCCACGUGUUGGUGAAUAUGCCUUUGGCUUUAUUACAUCAACUGUUACUCUACAGAAAGAUAAUGAAGAUGAAGAGCUUUGUAGCGUUUUUGUCCCUACGAACCAUCUGUAUAUUGGCGAUAUAUUUCUGGUUAACUCCAAAGAUAUUAUAAGACCAAAUCUUUCUAUUCGAGAAGGCAUAGAAAUCAUUGUUUCCGGGGGAAUGACCAUGCCGCAGUUGAUAACUCCGGUUGAAAGGGCUACUCGACCGAAUGAAAGAAUAUCUUUAAAUAGAAUUGGAUAAAGGAUUAAAUCUGUUGAAACCAUGUGGGUGAUGGAAAUUAUCAGUCUGAACCUCCAUUUAUUUUAAUAUACGAAAUUUGUUGUUUAAUAUUUUGUUAAUUAUUGUCUGUUCCAAGCUGAGCAAGAUAACUUGUAGAACUGUAGUUGUAAGCUUGUAAUCACAUCGCUUUUUUUGCUCUACCAGUUAUCCCCCAACUUCAGGCUGACACAUAUUAACUCCAAAGUAUUAAUAUAUGCUCGAAAGUCUGCGUAUUCUUAACAUUAGAUAGGAUCUCUGUCUAUAUGUAAUGGAUGGAAAUUUUAUA